CUGCGGGAGCGUGUGCUGCGUGGCAAGUACCGUGUCCCUUUCUACAUGUCCACGGACUGUGAAAACAUCCUGAGGCGCUUCCUGGUGCUGAAUCCUUCCAAACGCUGCACCCUGGAGCAAAUAAUGAAGGACAAGUGGAUCAAUAUUGGCUACGAAGGGGACGAGCUGAAGCCUUACCGAGAACCCGAGGAGGAUUUUGCGGAUGCCAAGCGCAUAGAGGUCAUGGUGGGCAUGGGCUACACCCGGGAGGAGAUCAAGGAAGCCUUGACCAACCAGAAGUACAACGAGGUCACAGCCACCUACCUGCUGCUGGGCAGGAAGAACGAGGUGGAAGGGGGGGAGUCGCGCACGGGCAGCAGCCUCUCGUUGGCCCGAGCACGGCCGCCCAGCGAGGCCUCCAACGGCACCAGCAAGUCCUCCUCGCACGCCAAGGGCCAACGGAGCUCCUCCACGUACCACCGGCAACGGCGGCACAGCGAUUUCUGUGGCCCUUCCCCCGCCCCCCAGCACCCCAAGCGGAGCCCCACCAGCACCGGGGACGGGGAGCUGAAGGAGGAGCGGAUGCCCUCGCGCAAGGCCAGCUGCAGCGUGGUGAGCAGCGGCCGGGGGGGCCUCCCGCCCUCCAGCCCCAUGGUGAGCAGCGCGAACAACCCCAACAAAUCGGAGAUCCCCGACCGGCGCAAGGACAGCGCGGUCAACACGAACAACAUCCCCUCCAGUAUGAUGACCCGGAGGAACACUUACGUCUGCACGGAGAGGCCUGGGGGCGACCGCCACUCCCUGCUCCAGAACGGGAAGGAGAACAGUUGCAAUCUACCUUGGCAUCAAAAGGAAGCAGAACCCCGGCUGCUCCGAUUUACCUGGAAUGUGAAGCUGACCAGCACCCGCUCUGCCGAGGCCAUCCUGGCCGCCCUCUGCCAGGCCACGGACUCUGCCAACUGCUGCCGCCGCCAGACGGAGCCCUUCGUCCUCUCCUGCACCCACGGGAAGAGCGCCAGCGAGCAAUUCUGCUGCUUCGAGGUGGAGGUCUGCCGGCUGCAGCGGCUGGGGGGGCUGCACGGAGUGCUCUUCCGGCGCCAGGCUGGCACCUCCCUGGCCUUCCGCAGCCUGGUGGCCAAAAUCACAGACCAGCUGCAACUCUAGGGUGGCCCGGCCUGCCCCGGCACUGACUGACCCCCUGGCUGGGGGGGGGACAAGGCCCCGGGGCCCUCCCAGCUUCCCUCCGGGGCCCAGCUGCUGCCCCGCCCUGGAAGGUCCCUGCCGGCCUGUCCGUGGUGCUA